AUGGCCUCACAUCUACGCGUGAACACCAGGCUCUCACGGGCAGCACGACACCUGCAGACUCUCCCGCCCUCGCGCCAUCAUUCGACCCCCGCCCCCGACCUCCCCUUGACCGGCAUCACAGUCGUGAGCCUCGAACAGGCCCUCGCAGCCCCCCUGUGCACCCGCCACCUCGCCGACCAAGGCGCGCGCGUCAUCAAAGUCGAGCGUCCCGGCGUCGGCGACUUUGCCCGCGCCUACGACACGCGCGUCAGGGGCCAGUCGUCGCACUUUAUCUGGGCGAACCGCGGCAAGGAGAGCCUCGCCCUGGACCUCAAGGCCGCCAAGGACCUAGAUGUGCUCAGGACGCUCGUCCGCUGCGCCGACGUCCUCGUCCAGAACCUGGCCCCCGGCGCCAGCGCCCGGCUCGGGCUGAGCUUCGACGCGCUGCGCGGCGAGAACCCGCGGCUCAUCGUGUGCGACAUUUCGGGGUAUGGCGCCGACGGGCCCUAUCGCGGCAGGAAGGCGUACGACCUGCUGGUGCAGAGCGAGGCUGGCGUGCUGUCUGUCACGGGCACCAAGGACGAGCGUGUCAAGGUCGGCAUCUCGCUCGCCGACAUAGCGGCGGGGAUGUAUGCGCACGCCAACAUUCUGACGGCCCUCAUCAGGCGCGGAAAGACUGGCCUGGGUUCGCGGAUCGAUAUCUCCAUGCUUGAGUGCAUGGUCGAGUGGAUGGGCUUUCCGAUGUACUACACAUAUGACGGCGCCCCUCCGCCGCUACGCGCCGGCGCCGCCCACGCAAGCAUCUAUCCGUACGGACCGUUCGACACGGGCAACGGCGGGUCUGUCAUGCUGGGGCUCCAGAACGAGAGAGAGUGGGCAAAUCUAUGUCACAAAGUCUUGGGAGAGAGCGCUCUGGCCGAAGAUGCAAGGUUCGCGACGAAUAGCUUGCGCGUAGCCAACCGUGAGGAGCUGAGGGACAUUAUAUGCCGAGCGUUUGCGCAGCUGACCACGGAGGAAGUGCUCGCAAAGCUGGAUGAGGCGGCCAUUGCCAACGCCAAGAUUAAUGAGCUCCACGACGUAUGGGAGCACCCACAGUUGAAGGCACGCAAACGGUGGACGGAGAUCGACACGGAUGCCGGACGGGUGCCGGCGCUCAUCCCACCCGGCUGUGGACCGGAGAGAGCGUCUUUCGGUAAGGUGCCAGGGCUGGGAGAGCACAAUAGCAAGAUAUUCGCCGAGCUAGGCAUAUAG